AUGUUUGCUCCAAGAUGGCAUAAUGACUUUGGAAAGUUAAGAGUGCUGGGUGGAGAUUGUGGGACAGAUUGGGGCCAACCGGGACUGACGGGAUCUUCGGGACGAGCGGGAGGUUUCACUGAGGGCGUGAGCCCCCUUAGAUUGGGUAGGAUCCCGCAGGAGUCUCGGGUUCGCCCAGGCCUACCCAGGAUUCCCAAGUCCCUCCCGGAGCGAAAGGCCCGGGAUUCCCGGGAGGCUCCGGGGAGCGGGCGGGGCCGGGGGCGGGGCGGCGGCAGGAAGCGGCCGGAGCGGCGCUCGGAGCGGCCUGAGCCCGGGGAAGCCCGGCCGGCCUCGGGUGCCAUGGCCUCACGGCUCCUGCACCGGCUGCGGCACGCCCUGGCCGGCGACAGCCCGGGGGAGGCGGCGGCCGGCCCGGAGGCCGAGCAGUUCCCGGAGAGCUCGGAGCUAGAGGACGACGACGCCGAGGGCCUGUCCUCCCGCCUCAGCGGCACCCUCAGCUUCACCAGCGCCGAGGACGAAGAGGAGGAGGACGACGAGGACGAUGGAGAGAUUGGCCCCGACCCGCUGCCGGCCGGGGACGGGGCGUCGGGGGAAGAUGCAGAACGAAGCCCCCCACCUGAUGGGCAGCGGGGCAGUCAGCCCCUCACAAGGCAGUUGCAGGAUUUCUGGAAGAAGUCCCGGAACACCCUGGUUCCCCAGCGUUUGCUCUUCGAGGUGACCAGCGCCAACGUGGUCAAGGACCCGCCCUCCAAGUACGUGCUCUACACCCUCGCCGUGAUGGGUCCAGGGCCACCUGAUCGCCAGCCAGCCCAGAUCUCUCGCCGCUACUCGGACUUUGAACGGUUGCACCGAAACCUGCAGCGACAGUUCCGGGGCCCCAUGGCUGCCAUCUCCUUCCCCCGGAAGCGCCUGCGCCGGAAUUUUACCGCGGAGACCAUCGCCCGCCGCAGCCGGGCCUUCGAGCAGUUUUUGAGCCACCUGCAGGCAGUGCCUGAGCUGCGCCAUGCCCCGGACCUGCAGGACUUCUUCGUGCUGCCUGAGCUGCGACGGGCACAGAGCCUCACCUGCACUGGCCUCUAUCGUGAGGCUCUGGCACUCUGGGCCAAUGCCUGGCAGCUGCAGACCCAGCUAGGCACCCCCUCGGGCCCAGACCGCCCUCUGCUGACCCUGGCUGGGCUGGCUGUGUGCCACCAGGAGCUGGAGGACCCUGGGGAGGCCCGGGCGUGCUGUGAGAGAGCCUUGCAACUGCUGGGGGAUAAGAACCCCCACCCUCUGCUGGCACCCUUUCUGGAGGCCCACGUGCGGCUCUCCUGGCGCCUGGGCCUGGACAAACGCCAAUCAGAGGCCCGCCUCCAGGCCCUGCAGGAAGCAGGUCUGACCCCCACGCCACCCCCCAGUCUCAAAGAAUUGCUCAUCAAGGAGGUACUGGACUAGA